CAUUUCCCCACCCUUCCCUUUUUUUAAAAAAUCUUCUUUUGGAAGUUUUUCGUUGUGUCAAGCCGCCAAAGUGGAGAGUGUGAUUGCAGAAGGGGUUGCUUCUCGUUUCAGUGCUUCUUCGGGCGGAGGAGGAGGUAGGGGUGCGCCUCAGCACUAUCCCAAGACUGCCAGCAAUAGCACUAAACGAGAUGCCAACUCCUUGAAUGAGAAAGAACGACAAGAUGGAAUCUUCAGGAAAGUCAGAGGCAUUUUGAACAAGCUUACUCCAGAGAAGUUUGACAAGCUAUGCCUUGAGCUCCUCAAUGUGGGUGUAGACUCUAAACUGGUCCUAAAAGGGAUCAUUUUAUUGAUUGUAGACAAAGCCCUUGAAGAGCCCAAGUAUAGCUCACUGUAUGCUCAGUUAUGUCUGCGUCUAGCAGAGGAUGCUCCCAACUUUGAUGGCCCAACUCCAGAGGGUUUGCUGCAACACCACAAGCAAAGUACGACAUUCAGACGCCUUUUAAUUUCAAAGCUUCAAGAUGAAUUUGAAAAUCGUACCAGAAAUGUCGAUAUCUAUGACAAGCAUGAUAGCCCUCUCUCAAAUGAAGAGGAAGAGCAACGGGCUAUUGCCAAGAUCAAAAUGCUGGGCAACAUCAAAUUCAUUGGAGAGCUUGGCAAACUUGAUCUUAUCCACGAAUCUAUCCUUCAUAAGUGCAUCAAAACACUUUUGGAAAAGAAGAAGAGAAUCCAACUUAAGGAUAUGGGGGAGGAUUUGGAGUGCCUCUGUCAGAUAAUGAGGACAGUAGGACCUAGACUAGACCAUGAAAAGGCCAAGUCUCUAAUGGAUCAGUACUUUGCCCGGAUGCGUUCCUUGAUGCAAAAUAAGGAAUUGCCAGCUAGGAUUCGUUUCCUGCUGCAGGAUACUGUGGAGUUGCGUGAGCACCGCUGGGUUCCUCGCAAGGCUUUUAUUGACAAUGGACCAAAGACGAUAAACCAGAUUCGUCAAGAUGCAGUAAAGGAUUUGGGCGUUUUCAUUCCACCAGCUAUGGCUCAAGGAAUGAGGAAUGACUUCUUUCUGGAGGGUCCUUUUAUAUCACCAGGAAGGAAAUUUGAUAGAGAUCCACUUGGAGGGCUUGCUGAUAUGUUUGGACAAAUGCCAGGUAGUGGAAUUGGUACUGGUCCAGGUGUAAUUCAAGACAGAUUCUCUCCUACCAUGGGGCGUCAUCGUUCCAACCAACUUUUUAAUGGGCAUGGUGGGCAUGUACCACCUCAGUCGCAAUUUGGGGAAAUGGGAAGCAAGUCUUUCCUUAAAUCUAAUCAGGGACAGAACCAGCAUUACCAUGGACAAAACCAGGGACACUCAUCCCAGCAACCAACACAAUCCAAGGGCAUGCCUCCUCGGUUCAUAAAGAAAGGACAGAUCAAUGCAGAUGAGAUCAGUUUGAGGCCUGCACAGUCGUUUUUGCUGAAUAAAAAUCUAGUGCACAAGCUUCAACCACAAACACCAACUAUGAUACCACCAAGUGCACAGCCUCCUCGAACACAAACGCCACCACUGGGGCAGCCCCCUCAACUAGGUCUCAAAACCAAUCCACCCUUGAUUCAGGAGAAGCCUGUGAAGAACAAGAAAGCACCUUCCAAAGAAGAAUUGAUGAAACUGACGGAAACUAUCUUAACUGAGUACCUGACGAAUCUUAACAUUAAAGAUGCUGUCAAUGGAGUGAAGGAGAUGAAGGCACCAAAGCCUUUUCUGCCAGAAAUGUUGAGCAAGAUGAUUGUGUACACUCUGGAUCGCUCUGAUGAGGAUAAAGAACAAGCCAGUACUCUGAUAAAUGCACUCAGACAGGAGGGGCUUGUAACUGGUGAAAACUUCAUGCAAGCUUUCCUGAAUGUAUUGGAGCAGUGCCCCAAGCUGGAGGGGGAUAUCCCUCUGGUGAAAUCGUACUUGGCCCAGUUUGCAGCACGUGCUGUCAUCUCUGAACUUGUGACCCUCAUGGAGCUUGCCCAGCCCUUUGAGAAUGGAACCCACUUCCCCUUAUUCCUGCUUUGUCUACAGCAGCUUGCCAAAUUAAAGGAUCGAGAGUGGCUGACUGACCUCUUUCAACAGAGCAAGGUCAACAUGCAGAAGAUGUUGCCAGAGAUUGACCAAAAUAAGGAUCGCAUGUUGGAGAUUCUGGAGGGGAAAGGACUCAGUUUCUUAUUCCCACUACUAAAAUUGGAGAAAGAGUUGGCAGAACAGAUCAAAAAUGACCCAUCCCCUCAAGCCAUUUAUAAGUGGAUCAAGGAUAACAUUUCUCCCAAAUUACAUACAGAUAAAGGAUUUGUCAAUAUUCUCUUAACCAGCUUCCUGCAACACAUUUCAAAGAUGGCUCCUGCUGAAACUAGUGACCCAACAAGUGUUCCUUCCAAAGAAAUGUUGGAACUGGAGAAGCAGCUACUCUUGUCCUUUAAGCCAGUAAUGCAGAAGUUCCUGCAUGACCACACUGAGCUGCAGGUUAGCGCCUUGUAUGCAUUGCAGGUGCACUGCUAUAAUCACAACUUCCCUAAAGGUAUGUUACUGCGCUUUUUUGUGAACUUUUAUGACAUGGAAAUAAUAGAAGAGGAAGCCUUCUUAGCAUGGAAAGAGGAUAUCAGCCAGGAAUUCCCAGGAAAAGGCAAAGCUUUAUUCCAGGUGAAUCAGUGGCUAACCUGGCUGGAAACUGCAGAAGAGGAGGAGUCUGAGGAAGAGGAAGGUGACUGAAAACCGGCCAAAGCCUUAAAAUAGUGCAAAUAUACUGUUGCUGUGAUGUAACUGCGUUCGUCCAACCACUGCAGAGAUUCAUUCCACUGUUUGCAGUAUUUAGCGCAGGAGCAUGUUCAUGGCUCAUUUCUUCUUCAUAACCUUAGUUUAUGUCUUAAGUGUAGUGUACCAUUGAAUCUUAAGAUUACAGUACCUUUUUAGGCAACUUCAUGACCUAUGAAAAGCAUGCAAUAACUGAAUCCUAAAUUUACUCAGUGCAAGCAGUAGUUAUAAUGAAGAAAAUGCUGUUGGCUGCUGUUCUACAUUGGUUGAUUUUUACAAACUGAAUAGUAACACCAAGACACUGUAGAAAUGCACUUUGCUCAGCAAAAUACUUGAGUCGUUGCAAUAUUUGAUUUCUUCCCUUGGAUUGUUUUUAAAAAAAAAACCUAAAUAAAUUGGAAUCUGUAAUCAGUGGGUUGCAGCUGUAACAUUUAAUUUGCCUAAAUUUCUACCUCCACUAUUGGGCUUUGUUUUAAGGUGUGUGCCCGGGUUAGUGAUGCUUAAAUCCCACAGCUUUGGCAUAUGCACAAGUCUUUAAUCUCUAGUUUACCUGCAUAAAGCUUCACUUGUGACAUGGUAAACGACAUUAAAGUGCUUGGAUAACAUGGGGAGGGAGAGAACUUCAAUGCUGAGAUUAAUGGAACUAACCUUUUUUUCCUUUGGACCCCUUUUACAUGAUGGUAACAAAAUGAAGCCUACUUAAUUUAUCAAUUUGUGUUCACUACUUGUUCACUUGCCCUGAUUUUGUACAAGUAACUUGUAUCUAUAAUAAACAUUGUGAUACUUGAUGUCUUUUCCUGUUGAUUUUUGUUUGAAGUUGGUAACAUUAAUGGGGUGCCAGCUUUUAGCAACAAAGAACCAGCUUGUCUGUUUGCCUUUGGUUAGAAAUUUGGAGUGUCUGUUUAUGCUGAGCUUCAUACUGCUGUGGUUAUUGCAUGAUAUGUACAAUCACUCAAAAAUGGUCGUAAAUAUAAAUGGUGCUCAAUCUUUCUUUGAUACAGCCUUAAUGUAAGGAACUAAAUGCUUGCUGAAGAGGUGGGCUCAUUAGCCUCUUGUGGCAGCAGACAUGACUCGUACAUGCUGAAUAAACUGCAUUUCAUUAGGUUAAUGCACAUAGCUUUGUUAUUACUGACUUUAUUAUUUUGAUAUGCUAGAUUGAUACAUAGAAGAAUUGCCUAUUACUUAAUAUGCAGUGUAUACGCUUUCCAACUUUGGUUUUCCUACCGAGGCUAGAAUAAGUCAGGGUGAUUUCCUGAUGUGUUCUAUUUCUAUUUGGUUAAUACCAGUUUCAAACUUGGUCUUUCAUCCAAAAUUUAAAUGUUUUUAAAAUUUGAAGAACUCACUUGCCACUAAGCACACAUCCCACUUGAUUGAUAAGAAUGGAUCUCUGUUUAUGUCUUUUUAAACAGAGGUGGAAAGCCCAGCCUGAUGCCUUUGAGUCAAGGGUCAAAUAUGAAAUGAAGUCUAAGUUUCAUUACUUGUUAAGUCUUUAAAGAUAACAGGAGGCAGCAUUGAGCAAAAAUUUAAUGUCUGCACUGCAUACAAUGGAACUAACUGCCUUGACAGUUGAGAUAAAUCUAGCAUUCAAUCACUUACUCAUUUUAAAGACUAACUUUUUAGGAAUGAGAUUUUGGUAAGGACCUGAAUUUUAGCCAAAUAGCAGACUGCAUGAUAGUUCUGACUACACUGCUGCCAUUUUGCACUCUGGAGAUGAGAAUGAGGUUGAAGUUGAAAUAAGCAGCUGUAUGCAGGAGAUGUAAAGAAUUCCAUUGACUUUAAUGGUGCAGUAUUGCUGCCUUUUUUCUUUUUUUGUCCAUCAGUUAUCCAGGCAUCUAUCUUAAAAUUCUUCCAAGGCUUGACUUUUGUUUUUUUUGAAAUACAUGCCUGGUUUUCAUGACUGAUUGAUUCCUUUUGAAUAUCAUCUAGGUCAAAUCUAUAUGAAAAUACCUCUGAGCUCAUUUGCAUAAGCAAUUGUAUUUUCUCUGUCACCAGACUAUAGUCAUUCCUGCUUUUUGUGACAAGAUCCAUACUGUAUUUGUAAUCUUUCAAAAAAAAAAGUGAAAUUAUUGUAAUGAUGGCUGAAGGCAAACCCACUGAUUUUUGUUUAGGAGACAUUAAUCAUGAGGCAGGAGGAAUCUUGUCUCCUCAAGGUGAUUUAACCAUGUUUGAGUUUUAAAGUCUUUGUUCCUAUUGUAGAUCUUCUUUACACUGGAAUCAGUCAGCCCCUUGACCCUAGCUUGUUCUGCUGUCAAUUUUAUUGAUCAAAUCAAUUUGGACUAAAUUUGGAAAACUGACUUAAAUGUAUCAAAACAGCUUUCUUUAACCUAUUGUGCAAAACAUUAGAAUCUAUUUUUAAAAGUGCACUUUAAGUUUAUAGCUGAGCACUUACCCACAGUUGAUACUACAUAGUAUCUGGAUUAAAGCUUUCAGGCAGUCAAAUUAUUUUAAAUUGUUAAUCUGAUUGGAGAAUUAUAAUUGGCUUUAUAAAGCGCAUAAAAGGAUCUAAAUCUUUGUUUUUAAGAUGAAAUUUGAGCAUGAUUUCUCAAUUGACACAACCAUGAGGCUGGGCUACUUAAGUUCCUUUUGAAUAGUUUGUAAUUACAGGUUGGUUCCUUGUGACAAGCCAUAUUUCAGUUUUAAACUUUUUGUAGCAGAAAUGCUUUCUGACCCAGUGUUAAGGUUUUAUCAAUGCAAAUAAAACUGGAUGUGCUGUGA